UAAUCGUCCAGUUUUCCUAGAAAUUGCCCCACUAGCGAUUAGAUAAAGAUGACCACGGCAGCGGAACAGUCGGGUUUGGACAUGGUGUGCCGCGUGUGUUUGGACAAUCGCACGGAAAUGUUUUCGAUUUUUUCCGCGAUUGGCAAAGGUGGACCAGUCAUCGCAAGCGUCAUCACCGAGAGUACCGCCGUGCUGGUAGAAGAAGAUGACGGCCUGCCGGAAUGGAUCUGUACCGAUUGUGCAGAGGAGGUGAAAUUCGUUGCCAGUUUCCAGGACAAAACUCGGCAAUCGGAUCGAAUGUUGAGGGAAGUGUACAAAGCUGAGGUGAAGGAGGAAGAAGAACAGCUAUAUGCAUUGGAAAUAUCCCUGCUGGACCAACCGAAGGAGUUGGUGUCUAAAAUAGAGGUGGCCGAUGAUGAAGUGUUCGAAGAGGAUGAUCGAGAAUCGGACGUUCGAUUAGAUGUGGACUAUGGUGAUGAUAGUGAUGUGAAAAAUAGCGACUCGGAUGAAGAUUACACACCGGAGGAAUUAAUUACAAGAAAAAGAGAAGCUGAGCUGAGCUUCGUGGACGCAAAUGACGUACCCAGUAGUGACUCAGAUCAAGAAGCUAAGCCCAAGAGAAAGCGGCAAAGGAGUACUAAAAUUACAAAAGAUAAUGAAUCAGUGCCAGACGAACUAGACGAAGUCGAAGAAGAUAUUUUUAUGAUUGUCGAUGUCGGAAGUAAAUUCCUAUGUUGUACAUGUUUGAAACUCUUUGACGGAGAAAGUGAGCUCAUCGCUCAUGGUAAAGCAGUACAUAAAGCUAAACGAAGCUGCAACCCUUCAAAACCGCACGUUUGCAAUCUCUGCUUUAGAAGAUACUCAUCCAAGGUCGCUUUGCAAGCGCAUUGCAAAAAAGCUGCUUCUAUCACACGAGUAUUCGACUGCCGGCUCUGCCGCGCAAGAAUCGCUUCACCGCAAAAGCGCCAGCAGCAUGCCCACAAACAUCCUCCGGUAACUUCGCAAAGUUCGGCCAUCGUCGCCACACUUCCGCACGAUGCCCUGGAUGCUGGUAAAAUUUGCUGCGCUCAAGGCUGCAAUCAGGUUUUCGAUACCGAGGAAGAACUGCUGGCCCACUCGGAAGUGGAACACGAGGCAAACCGUGUGCAAGCCAUGCUGAACGCAGAUACGCGACGACCGGUUGAGUGUCGAAUUUGCUACCGACGGUUCAUCGACGAGAAGGGACUGAAACAACAUCAGCAGCGACUCUACAUGCCCAAGAGGCACGUUUGCACGGUUUGCGGGAUGAAGUUUGCAGUGGCAAGCGAGUGCAAGCGACACGAAGCGGAACAUGUUGGGCAGGAGAAAAAGUACGAAUGCGACCAGUGCGACAAGGCGUUUUAUCACCGUGACCAGCUGAAGGCGCACGUCAAACGGCACUCGGCCACCCGGGAGUUCAUGUGCAACAUCUGUGGUCAGUCGUACAUGCAGAGGCACAACCUACAGGCUCACAUGCUGAAACACGAGGGCAAACUGCCGUUCGAGUGUGACAUCUGCAAGAAGGCAUUCCGCGUAAAGGCCAAACUGAUCUAUCACAAGCGGGUGCAUUCCGGCGAGCGGCCAUUCGCAUGCCGGUACUGCGAGCAAGCCUUUGCCGACAGUACCAAUCGGUUGCGACAUGAAAUGUCACACACUGGUGUAAAACCGUACAAAUGCGAUUAUUGUGAAAAGACAUUUAUCACCAAGCGACUAAAGAGAGAUCAUGAGAAGACACAUUCGAAAAAUCUCCGCCCUCAAAAUUCUUAUCCGUUUGACAGUUCUAAAAUAAUUAUUAUGUAACUAUUUACUUUAUUUUUUUUUCAUAUGACAUUUCGUGUAAUAAAUAUUGUAAAAGUUCAAACGAUUUUUAUUGAAUUGGA